CUCUGGUUAUAUCCCUCGGCUAAUCUCGUCUCGUCUUCAGAAAAGGUCAACAGAAACGUCACCUUAGCUGAAAUCGUGUUACAAUUCUCUCUACGUGUAAACACACACUGUGCUAAAACAAAAUCUGUGUACUCCUUCCUCGCUCUACUUUUUUGCUCUGCCAUGGAGGUCUCAUCGUUUUCGAUAGGCUCCAGAUCACUUCUCUCCACGCCAUCGCCAUCAGAGGCAUUGCUUCUGAAAAGGACAUGGUUUCGAAAAUGGAAUCAAGUUCUGUUUUUGCCAACGAAGACGCCCUUAAGGCCAUUAGCGGGUCAGAUCCAGAAGCAAAAUCAUUUGCAGGUUUUACGUUGUCAACUGAAGGAAAUUCCUAUAAUAGAUGCGGGGUGCAUGGAUGAAAUCUAUGAUGCCUUGGCUGAACGCCUUGUUCCGACUGCAGCAGCAGCAGCAAAUCCCAAUUUUAAGCUUAUUAUUGGCUUGGCUGGGCCUCCUGGUGCUGGAAAGAGCACUCUUGCAUCUGAGGUUGCUUGCCGUGUCAACAAAUUAUGGCCUCAAAAAUCUUGUUCCUUUGAUUCUCAAGUUGAGACCCCAGAAGUUGCAAUUGUACUUCCCAUGGAUGGAUUCCACCUUUAUCGUCAUCAACUUGAUGCAAUGGAGGAUCCAAAGGAAGCUCAUGCGAGAAGGGGAGCUCCAUGGACAUUUGACCCUGAACUACUGCUAAGAUGUUUGACGACUUUGAAAAAUCAGGGAUCAGUGUAUGCCCCAUCAUUUGACCAUGGUGUUGGAGAUCCUGUUGAAGAUGACAUCUCUGUGAACCUUCAGCACAAAGUAGUGAUAGUUGAAGGUAAUUAUUUGUUCUUGGACGAGGAGGUCUGGAAAGAUAUCUCAUCAAUUUUUGAUGAGAAAUGGUUCAUUGAUCUUGACAUUGAGAAAGCAAUGCAACGGGUCGUGAGAAGGCAUAUAUCAACAGGAAAGCCUCCUGAUGUUGCUAAAUGGCGGAUAGACUACAAUGACAGGCCUAAUGCUGAGCUCAUAAUCAAGUCAAAGAAAAAUGCAGAUCUGCUUAUCAAGUCCGUUGACUUCUCAAGAUAAAUGAAAGCUACAUCUUUCUUGGAAGUCAUAAUCGUGCUUUCCAGAAACUAGCUUCUGACGCUUGUGUUUCAGCCCUUCGUACCUCCAAGUUUAAGUUUGAGAGUCAAGACCCUUAAUUAGAAGCAAGCCAGUGCGCCAAGCUGUGCAAUCACAAAAUUGAGGUGCUGAAUUGAUCCUCAUUUGGUAAGCUCUCAAUGUCCUACUUAGAACAGUUACGAUGGGAAAGGGAAGAAUAAAGCUGCAAUACUAAUGAACGAGUAACAAUCAGUGAGUAGGAAAUCACCUUACUCUUCAAGUUCUUUUAGCAGAGGGCAUAGUACAAGAAUGAAUAGAUGGCUACUUUAUCCUUCUGUGGCCAGCAUUUGUUGUACAUGAAACAUGUUUAUCUACCCCCGACAUUUGUUCUUUUUCAGGUUGGCUUGCUUUGCAUAUGUUUUACUUCAUAAAAUAGAACCGUCAAAGCUAAGCAUUCUAUGCAUCCAUUAGUGAAGCAUGGGAUGGAGUACUGUUUGGAUUCUUUUUUUCAAACAUACAUCUUGCAUUUGCCGAUA